GGGGUGGGACGCGCACAGAGGCGAAGAGAUCAGAAGGAAAGGGAGGGAGAGGGGGAGAGAGAAAGAAACUGGGCAGCAUCUCGUCUUCCUCUCGGCGUCCUCAUGCCUCGGCAGUGCCCCGGCGCCUUCACUUCGCCCCGGGCGCAGUAGCCAUGGCCGCGGUGGCUGUCCUCCGGAACGACUCCCUCCAGGCUUUCCUUCAGGACCGCACCCCCAGCGCCUCCCCAGACUUGGCCAAGCACUCGCCCCUGGCUCUUCUGGCCGCUACUUGUAGCCGGAUCGGGCAGCCGGGCGCAGCGCCCUCGGAUUUCCUGCCGGUCUCCUACGACCCGACGCUGGGAUCCCCCUCUAGGAUCUUCCACCCGUGGAGCGGCGAGAUGCCAGCGCACUCCCCGGGAGGGCUGCCGCCGCCGCAUCCCAGCUUGGGGUUGACCCCUCAGAAGAACCACCUGCAGCCCUCCUUCGGGGGCUCUCACGAACUUCCCCUCACCCCCCCGGCGGACCCCUCCUAUCCCUACGAGUUCUCCCCCGUCAAGAUGCUGCCCUCCUCCAUGGCCGCCCUGCCGUCCAGCUGCCCGCCCGCCUACGUCCCCUACGCCGCGCAGGCCGCCCUGCCGCCCGGGUACUCCAACCUGCUUCCGCCCGCCCAGCCCUGCCGGCAGCUGUCGCCCAACCCGCCGCCCGAGGACAUCCCCUGGUGGAGCAUCCAGCAGGCCAGCGCCCCGGGCGGCUGCGGCCACCGCUUCCCCGCGGCGGCGGCGCUGCCGCGGAGCCUGGUGCUGGGGCACUCGGACUUCGCUCAGUACCAGACGCAGAUCGCCGCCCUGCUGCAGACCAAGUCUCCCCUGGCGGCCACGGCCAGGAGGUGCCGCCGCUGCCGCUGCCCCAACUGCCAGUCGGCCGCCGGCAGCGCCCCUGAGGCGGAGCCGGGCAAGAAGAAGCAGCACAUCUGCCACAUCCCCGGCUGCGGCAAGGUCUACGGCAAGACCUCGCACCUGAAGGCGCACCUGCGCUGGCACACGGGCGAGCGACCCUUCGUCUGCAACUGGCUCUUCUGCGGGAAGAGCUUCACCCGCUCCGACGAGCUGCAGCGGCACCUGCGGACUCACACGGGCGAGAAGCGCUUCGCCUGUCCCGUCUGCAACAAGCGCUUCAUGCGCAGCGACCACCUGGCCAAGCACGUCAAGACCCACCAGAACAAGAAGCUGAAGGCGGUGGCGGACGGCGUCAAGAGGGAGGACAGCCGCGACCUGUGACCGCCGGGACCACUACCGGCGGCUGCUGCCUCUGCGGGCCGAGUCGAGCCACGGCGGGACUCGAGCUGGGGGCGUUUCGCCGCCGGGGGCAGGGCGGCGGCGGGGAGAGGCCGGCGGCCGGCUCUCGGACUGUCGUCGGGCACGGCGAGCGGGACCCCGGCUGGGGGCGGCCUCCGCGGACCCUCAGGCCCGGGACUGGACCCUCACAGAGCCCCGGGGCAGGCGCCCGGCCCGGCCUGGACGCGGCUGAGGGGGCAAGAGCAGAGCCGGUCUGGUCCGGCCGCGGGGGUCGAGGCUUAUAGACACCCGGGGGUGAGGUGGCAGCGCCGGUGUGGCCGUGCUGGGGCUCGGCCCUCGGUGCUUUCAGGGUAACAGACUGAAGUUUUGUGUACAGGUUAUUUAAUAGUUACGUUUGAAUACACGUGUUCCCCUCCGUCUUCGCCCCCGCGCGGGGUCCAGCAUGAGAUGUUUCUGUAAAGCGACCCGCGACCGCAGCGUGAAAUAAACACGUUCACACCGGGGUCAGCAGGGACGGUC